AUGCGAGACAGUUGUAGGGGCCCCCUGGGAGCCGCGCCUGCCACGCCGCCAAAUGGCGGAGCGCCAGUGCGCGAGCGCGAGUGCGCGUGCUGCCAACUGGCGGCAACGAAACUGGGAACCUCGUCGUCCUCCACCACCCCGCCACAGCUCCACCACCACCAGCCAGGCGAGGGAAAAGGGGAGAGGGAGGAGGGCGGCGGGAGGAGACACCCCGGGGGGGGGGCAGCCGGGAGGGCGACAGGACGACGGCGACGACAGGAGACGACGAGGGCGACGCCGACGAGAAGCAACGGCGACGACGACGACGACGGCGAGGGCGACGAAGACGAAGGCGACGGCGACGAAGACGACAACGACGGCGACAGCGGCGGCGAACGCAGCGACGACGACGACAGCCAAAGGACACGCAACGCGCAUUUCCAGAAGCGAAAAAAGGAAGCGAGUGCCCGGGGCGCGCGCGGCUAG